AUGCCACCCGCAAAGAAGCUCACACAGGCUCAAAAGGAGAUCCUGGCGCUGUAUCGGAGAGGUCUCCGCAUGAUCAAGACCAAAGAGCAGGAGCAUCGCAGAGACUUCACCAUCUACUUGCGCUACUUCUUCAAGCAUCCCUCGUGGGGAGGCGGCCUUCGCAGGAGAGACUUUGCACAGAUCGAAUACAUGCAGCGCAAGACGGCGAGAUUGUUAGAAACCACCUUUGAGCCCAAGUCAGUCAAACACAUCAAUCUUCCCAAGGACAUCGAGCAGGACAUGCACCAGCUCGGCCUCGCUCAUUGGAGACACAGCUUCCGCGACGCCGCCUCCGUUUCAGCCGAUUCCAACCCUUCUCCUGCAGCCACAAUACCCAAAUCGACAUGA